UAAUUAAAACACUUAAAAAACGCGAAGUUCUUUGUAAAUAAAGCAAAUAAUUGACGCUUAAGAAGCGUAGCAUGUAGCUUGAUGCAUAGGAUGCAAAGAAAAUAUGAAAAGAACGAAAUGCUUUGCCGCGAAGACGCGUAGUUUCGACCUCCCGCUCUACAAAAGUAGAAAGUAGAUCUACUUUAAAAAUUCUACGCGUCAAGACAUCCUACGCUUUUGUUUGCUUAUAGCAUACAAAACAACAUUGAUUCUACUUUUUUGACAGCCGCGUAGAAUGCGAAGAAGCGUAAUACGCUUGGUGUGGACCUGCAGCUUAAAUUCUAACAACCGAGUAUACAUAGAUUUUAAAUCAUAAUUAAAUUUUAGCUGACUAUGUUGCAUGCCACAAUGUGCCGAAGUCGCCAAACAGAAUAGUGCCGCCGUUAAUAAUUUUGAAUAGACUUGGUUCUCUCGUCUAAAAAACAGAACUUUUUGUUGUUAAGUAGAAAAAUCUGCAUAAAAUUCCUGAAAAAUUGUUUGUUUUCGUUUUCAAGUUAACAUUAAAUGUUCCCUUAAAGAAACAAGUAUGAACGUGUUUGUGUUUAUUUAAUAUUAAAAAUGUUUUAAGAUUUUUGUGGUUGUGACAAGGCUUAGAAAAAAGGAAAAUGUUUCAAUGUUGAUUGUGUUAUUAAAAAAUAAGUCUGCAGUUGCAAACUACCUUUGAGACUUAAAUACAAUCGAAUAUCAAAGAUUUGCAUAAUUUUUCGUUCUCUCAACGUUCCUGUUAGUCGAAAAAUAAUGAUGGCCAAUGUAAAUUUUGUUGUAUUAAAGAUUAAUGAUAUUGAUGUUAGUCAAUUGCCACAACAGCAGCAAAAGACUGCUCUAAGCAUGCUGUUAAAUGAAGAGACUGAUAACGUAGUGCUGGAAUUAAAGCGAAAAUCUUGUUGGAAUACAAACCAGAAUGUAGACUUCGAUGAUAUCGAAAUUAGCAAAAAACUGUGUUAUCUAAAAAUUCAUCACAAUGCCCCUUUGUUAGAUAAUAAUGUAGAUAAUAAUUCUUCUUCAACAACAAUAGGUUCGGAUAUAAUUGUUAAUCUGCACUUGCCAACUUCAACUCUUCAACAAUAUUGUAUGGCAAAAUCUACGCAGACUGAAGAUAUAGCUUUUUAUGUGCACGAACAUCUACGUAACAUACAAAAAGAUACAGAACGUCUUAUAGAGCAUGAACACAAUUUAUUUGAGCAGAGUUUGGCCCCAGAAAUAGAUAUUGAAGAAAUAACAUUAAGAAAAUCUGAUAGUAAUGAACGUUUGGGAAUAACUGUAUGCUAUAGCAAUACUGACGAUUAUGCGGAAGGUGGAGGUAAUACCAGUGCAGAAAUGUAUAAUGAAACAGUUGUAACCGAAGUAUAUAUCAGUGAUAUCCAUCCAGAUAGUGUUGCUGGACGUGAUGGGCGUCUAAGACAAGGCGAUCAAAUAUUACAAAUAAACGGUAAGGACAUAAAAACCCGUCCGGAGACAGAAACACUAAUUGCGGAAAACAAUAAUGCUGUUACGUUAUUGGUUAGCAGAUAUUUAUAUGCUGAUGAGGAUGAUUUUAAUGAUCCUUCAACAAAUGAAGAUGAUGAUGAAGUUCUUGUUGUAGAGGACGACGAAGACGAUGACGAUGAAGAUGAUGAAUUCUAUGAGGAUAAUAACAUGACGUAUGUUAAUUGUGUGAUAAAUAACGAUUGUUGUAUUAACGCUACUGAAGAACUCGACAAAGCUUUAAUGUCACAAGUAGCCCAACAAGAACAAUUGCAACAAACUGGAGAAAAACUGGAAAAGUUAAGAGAGAAAUGCAAUAUAAAUACUUCUACCUCUAUGACCCAUUCAAAUUCAGCAUAUCAAAGUACGAGUCUCAAGUCUACCAGUGAUGGUCAAAAAGAAAAGCUUGUGAAAAAUGAAAGGAAAUCCUGGAUAACUGGAUCAUCUUCAAGCACAAAAUCUGGGAAGAAUUUAAAAUCGAAUUCAGCCAAAAUAGAAACAAUCCCAGGCGUUAAAACACACGAUGACUAUGAAACUGAACAUAUAUAUGAAACGAUCCCCGAAGAUCCUGAAUCUGAGCCAUUUUACUGCUCACCUUAUGAUAGUUCGGUUUAUGUUAAUGCCAUGACAUCAUGUUCUUCUUCAACUAUUACCGAUGCUUUGCAGCAUUUACAACAAAAACAGCGAGUUGCGCAAUGGUUGGGUAUUAAGCCCUUACAGGAUCUUUGUGCAACGACUGCUCCUCGGCAGUCUGUGCGUAGCAGUUAUGGAGGAGGACGCUCCUCAGCAUUUUUUAACAAAAGUGGGACUGGUACAGUUCGAAGUGCUAUAACUACAUUGACGAAUGGAUCGGUUGACUGUAUUGUAGGCAAUAUUACUCUUCCUGGUAAUUGCCAACUCGAAGAUCAGGAUAAUUCAUCCAGUGCUUAUAACACGGGUGGCUCCAAUAAUAGUGUUUCUCCUCUUACAUUAAUGUUAAAUCCUAAAAAUCGUUCCGACCAAAGUCAUACUUUAGCUACAUCUGUUAUUAAUCCACCAACGAAUGGAGUUAUCGAUGAUGGUAUUGGACUCCAACAAAUACAUCAAAAAUCUUCCGCCCAACAGAAAACACACUCUCCAAAAGAUAAGUCAAAAAUCACCAGUCCCAAAAGUGGUACUUUUCAAAUUAAAGCAAAUGCCGGUCCUCAUAAAGUGGCUGUUAUGGACGUACAAAUGCAUCCAAAUAUUUUAGACAAAAACAAAGAAACUAAUGUUCAUCGAAAUAUGUUGCUAAAACAACAUUUAUUUAAUCAAAAAAUGUGCUUGGAGAAAUCACUACAACCUCACCCUCUUCAACAAAGAACGCCAUGUUAUUACCAACAGCAACCAGAUCAAAUACAGUGCCCACAGUUUACAGCUCCUAAUUUAAGUCAAUAUCAUUUUGUAAGCAGUCAAGAGGUAAACAAUUUGUCACUUAACAACAAAAUGCCAAAAUCCUCCACCACUGUAGCCUCAACCAUCGCCAAUAAUCCUAAAAAGGAAGAGGAGACAAUGGUUUGGAAAGUGAAACGGCGACCCGAUGGUACACGUUAUAUUGUAAGAAGACCAGCAAAAAAUCGAGUAAUUAAAGAUCGUAACUCACGUAUGAAUGUGGAGCGUUUACGGAACGACAUAACUACAACAGAGGACGACACCAUAUCUGAAAUUAAAACUGGUCGUUACUGGACAAAAGAAGAACGUAAAAAGCACAUCGAGAAGGCUAAAGAAAGGCGGCAACAGCAGCAGUUAAUUCAGCAACAGCAAAAUAAGGCGCAUCUAGUACAUGAUGAUUCAACUGCUGCCACCUUGUGUAUAGGAGAUACAAUUCUGCAGGAUCCUUGUGAGAGGGACAAGAUUAAGCAUCAGCAAUACCUAAAUUUAAUAAGACAGCACCAACAAAAAACCUCACAACAACAGCAACAUUACCAAUUGCAAUUUAAUUCCGCCGAAGAUCAUAAACAUUCUGCAUCUUUACACAACAUGGAAAGUCCAACAAAGAAAACUUCAUCAACAUUACCAACAACUUCAGAAGAGUUUUCUACCGUAAAAGCGAACAUGGAUCAAUCAGAACUUUUAAAUCCUAAUGUUUUUUCAUCCUCAGAACACAAUCAAAUCAAUAGUUCACUGCAAUCAGUUACAACCACAUAAAAAAUUUUAUUUUUAGAGUAAGGUAGACAAAAGUGGUCGGUGAAAAUCGACUAUAUAAUAUCCUACACCGUAUAAGAGCAGCACAAAUAAUUUGUUACUCCUUUUUUGGUGCUUUUAGCAUUUUGUUUUUUGUUAAGCGAUUUCAUAAAUACGUAUUACAUUACAAUUCAUAUACAGAAAAUACAUACGCUGAUCUCAAAUUUCAUUUAUAUAUGUAUGUAUGUACAAGGUAGUGUCAGAGUUUUUUAAUUAAUUUUUAAGCGGAAAUGGAAAUAUGCAAUUUAAUGUUAUUAAAACUUUAACCGAAAUUACUGGUAGUUUGUUAUCAAAGAACAUACUUUAUUCAAUAGGAAUUAUUCAAAAAUUAUACAACAACAUUGAGGUGAUUUGUUUCACUAUAUCGACAAAAUUAAAAUAAAAAAUAAAUUUCUUUCAAAUCUUAGUUUAAAAUAAGUUCUUUCUCCUUUUUAAGCAAUCCACCACCCUCACUGGUGAUAGAGGAUUUAUUUAAGUUUAUUGUUCCGUGUGUAACAUUGAAAAAUAUCCAUCUGACUCCCGUCAAACUAUAUACGUACGUAUGUAUGUACAUAUAUUCUGGUAUGAGUUCUUCUGUCGGAUAAAUUUGAAUAUAAUUCAAUUUUCAAAUUUAAAAUUCAACAUAGCCGAAUAAAGCACUUUAACUUGUUCUUACACUAUUUUUGUUUUGGAACUGGGGACAACAAGUAUGUUGGAAAAUAAAAAGUGAUGACAUUGAGUAACCCGAAAACGAAAACUCCAACUAUACAAUUGCUACAAUUGAGUCAAUUUUUUAAUUACGAUUAAAAUUGAAAAAUGAACAGUAAAAUACUUUAACUUGAAUUAAAAAAGAGACUGCUUUGUUUUUCCUAAUAUUUUUGUUUUAACGCUAUUAAAGCAUUGAUUUUUGAGAAGUUUUGAUAUUUCCCAAUUUUAUUACAACCUUUAAUAAAUGUUACAAAAUAUUUAAAAAUGGACUCAAAUCUCAGAUUCUGUGGAAGAUAUAUAUUUGUUUCAUUCUAAUUAUUGUAAGAAACAUCAUAAAGAAUAAUUUGAUUUUGUUAAACAAAAUUAAAAAGGAGAAAUAAGAAUGUUGAAAACAUACAAAUUUGCCAUUAAUAAAUAAAACUAUUUUUCAAUAAAUAUUUUACUAAGAAAAUAUAAUUUCUUAACUGUAAAUUUUUAAAACUUAUCACCCGAUUUGAUUAAAAUUUUCAAAGUUCUACAACUCAACUAAACUACAAUCCUACAAAUUUAUCAAAUAAAAGGUUACCAAAAACUGCAGUAACCAACAGUUUUAAAAUUUUGCUCUCGUAUGUAAUAAUUAAGUUCAAUAAUUAAUUUAAUUUUUAUAUACAUUAUGAACAAAUCCAUUAAUUUGUAAAUAAGUUAUAUGUUUCCUACUAAGUCUCCCGCAUUUUAUUAUUAAUACAGUUUAAGCUAAUAUUAAUAAAAUAUUAUUUUUGGUAGGAAUUAAAAUCACACUUACGUUGUUAUUUAAAAUACAAAAGAAAAGUAAUACUGGUAACUAAAUUGUGUAUUAUACGUAUUAUAAAAUGGUGCUGGAUAUUAAUUAAAUAAAUAUAAUAGCACAUUCAAUAUACAAUUAGUUAUAUUUCUAAGUUUGUUUGAAUAGUGCUAUAAACAUUUAGUUAACUAUUAACUUAAGAGUUAACCCAAUUUACCUGCCUAAUUAUAUAAAAAAUAAUUAUUAUAAAGUCUCUGUUAAAACAGUUGUACUCUACAAAUUAAAAACAGCUAACAAUGCGCCAAUUUGUAUUAAUUAUUUGUUAAAAAAUAAAA